ACACGCUUAUGGCAAAUAACUCUGUUAGUUGAAGUUGUCAGUGACUCAGAUUCCGGACUCACAGCGGGAAUAAUGAUGUUCUGCAGACUGGCUUGGCAAAGACUUGCGCCUCUGGCACGCAAAACACUCACUCCUUUCAGCAAUGCUGUGUUCCCUACGCGACAGAUGUCCUUUGGCCUACCUGCGUCCGGCACAAACAUAGCUUACAUGGUACUUGGUGGAAGCUCGCUUACUGCUGCUCUUGUUUAUGCUUAUAAGACAAUAAAUUCUGACAGUGCAAGAUAUAAUGAAAGAAUUGCUCAACUCGAGGCCAGACCUAAAAGUGAGGAGGGAGCAGUGGCCGAGGUGGCCUCAGUAGCAGAAGCAGCUGCGGUUGUGGAAACCACAGCAUCUGAACUUGCCACAGUUGUUGAGGCCACAGCAGCACAACCCGUCAUUGAGGUGGUUAAUGCAAAGGCUGAACAGACCCCAGAACCUGUGGAUGCUACACUGGAUGUUGGGGCAGCAACUACCAUUGUAGAGGCAGUAGCAGCUGAUGCUGAGGAACCUACUGCACCUGUUGUUGAGGAUGUUGCUGCUGAGGCUGCUUCUCCCAGUACUGAGACAACCGUUAUCUCAAUGUCUGACCUACUGAGCACUGUAAAAAUCCUGGCUGGAUCUACAGUGGAGAUUGCAGCUGCUUCAGUCGGGGAUCAGCACCUGGUGGCCACAGUGAGGUUGGCUGAGGAGAACAAUUCUGUGGAAACCCUCAAUGGGCUGGAGGUUGUUGAUGUUAAAGCAGAGGUCCAAGCAGAAGUUCCUUAGGAAGCUGUGGUUGAGGAGGCUGUAACAGGUGGAUCACAUCUGAAACCAGAAGGAGGAGAACUGGAAGAACUGCCUUCAACAGUUCAUGCAGUAGAAGAAACUACUAUUGUGGCAGAUGACCAUGAGGCAGACAGCCCUAAUGUGGCUGAAGUUUAUGUUGGAAGCUCUGCUUCAUCAGAGGAGGCCUCUGUUACAGAGAUGGAGAACAUUUUGGAAUUGGAAGAGUCAGUAAGCCGUGUGGUGAUGCUGUCAGAAGAUGACACCAUCUCUGGAGCUGCAGAGGCAAUGUCAGAAUCAGCCAAGGCAGUAGGUCAGAAAAUGGAAGAAGAUAAAGCAUUAUGUCAUGAGCCAACUGAAGCUACAGAAACAGGACAUGCAGAUAUCACAGCACCAUCAGCAGACCUGGAGGAUGCAUUACAGGCUAUAGGCACAACAGAGGCUACAGAAGAAGUUUUUGUUGUGGAAACGAUGCAGGAUGCUGUGGAGGAAGCUAAACCAGUUGUGUUGUUACCCAAACAAGUAUUGUGAUGUAGAAAUCCAGACUGCACACAUAUUUCUGAAGUAGAGUUCAUUUAUUUUU